GGAGGGGCGGCAGCUUGAGCAAUAGAGAUAUCGCCGUUAACUAUAGAGGCAGCGGCUUCGAUUAAUCGCUAUUCGCCUUAACGCGCGCUCAUUAUCAACGCCAUUUUGUUUUUCUCAAAGUAACAGUGACAGCUAACGCAUUUAGUCGCAGGAGUUGUACGAAGCAAGUUCUCAUCGCGGGUUCAAUAAACCAUUAAAAAUUUGUUCUGUGGAUUUUACAAGGACUGCAUUGAGAUUUUCCCUGACGGCAAGGGCCCAAGCUGCUGUGCACUGCGUGCGGAAACUAAAAUACCUUGAAAAUUUUGUCAAAAGCAACAAAAACUGUUGUGCCAGAUUUGAAAGACAGACGCAUAAAUGCAGGCAACGCGCUAACAGUAAACCCUGAAGAGUUAUCGGUAGAACGGUUCUUUAGCAGCUCUAAUUGAAUACUUUGCCAUUUGCCUGCACGGGUAUUUCAAACUUUCCUGUGGAUACGUAAAAUCAACCUUUAAAUGAACGGAAUGAACAGAGAUCUAAGGGCAAAAAUAGAAGCAUGCAAUCGCACAGCCGAAGAAUUUACGCGUCUAUACUACGCCUCCUUGGACAAUCGGCGCCAUCAAAUGGGUCGCUUGUAUAUAGAGAGUGCUAAGCUAACCUGGAAUGGCAACGGAGCACUGGGCCGUGAGCCUAUUGAAAAACAGUUCUUAGAUUUGCCGCCGUCGCGUCAUCAGCUGACAACGCUGGAUUCUCAGCCCAUCCUUGACCCGGCUGUGGGCGAUCAGAUCACGUAUAUGGUCCUGGGCAGCGGAACGGUCAAAUAUGCUGAGCAUCCGACGUGCAUUUUCCAGCAAUCCUUUGUCAUAACCGCUGAGAAUGAUAAAUGGAAAAUCGCUUCGGAUUGUUAUCGCCUGCAGGAGCCAAUAAUUUAAACGAUUUAUCGAUUCGAAAAUGUUAUCAUAAAAAAAAACUGAAAUAAUUCUAUUAUAAAAGCUAUGGCAACCGCGAACAUGUACUGAUAUUUAGUAAA